AGGUUGGUGUGGGGAUUAUAAAUGCGUUUGACGCUCGGCAAACAUGGCUACGUGGAAGUGUGGCGUUUAUGUUGUUGUGGGAACCAUAGUCAUAGUUUUAACAAUUCUGCUAAAUUUCGACUUUCUACCGAAAAGAAGGUUAUCUGAAGAGCUAGAGCUGACAACAAAAAGCAGUUCCAAAGGAUCUACAACAUCGAAAGGCAUACCCAGCACGGUAAAGGUACCGACUAAGAGAACCACUAGUAAUCUUCAUUCAACUGCAGCGAAGAACAAUGGAGGAAAAAUUUCAAUCAAACAGUACAAGAAAGAAAUAAGUAACUGGAGUUGUACUGAAAAGUUGCCUUCACCAAUGGACAACCUACCAGAGCUUUCAUUCGAUGAUGUUAAACAUUUCAAGUGGAACUGCACUGGUUUUCCCCAGACACCAGAGGUAUUUGAAAAAAAUGUCACAAAAUCUAUGUGUUACAACUAUGAUGAUCCAUUCAUCUGUGUACGUGACCCAAUGCAUUGUCAAUGGGAAGAUAAAAGUGACAAGCGAUUUUUAACAAGACCGCAGUAUGGAGAAUAUGAAUACCUCCCGAAGUCAUUGUGGUUAAGUGUUGUUUUGCACGGUGGAGUAGCAUUCUUGUACCAUCCAUGUGUCAGUAACAACACAGUGGACACACUGCGUAAAAUGGCUGUCAGCUGUUUGCACAGACAUGUUAUUACACCUUAUGAGCGAUUGAGCCCAUGUAAGCCCAUUGCCAUGGUUACCUGGAGCUGCUUUUAUUCAACAUCUCAAGUGAACAUGUCAGAAGGAAAGCAUUGGAUCAGGAAAUAUGCCAUGAAGGCCCCAGCCAGCCAUGUAUCAGAAAAUGGCCGGUAUAAUAAAGGACUUUUGAAAGCAGCUCAAACUGUUUCAGACAAACAUGACACUGAUCUUUGUCCUGAUAAAAUAAGGUCUAUGCUCAAUUCAGAGGAGGGAGAGAGUCACUUUACAGAAAGUAGAGAGCAAGGUACAUCUCAGAGAGACUGGAUGCAAGGCCAAGGUGGAUCCAUCUCGAUACAGAAUACAGAAGAGCUGGUAUUUGUGAACGAGAGGGUGUCAAGUAACCACAAAUUUGAUACAUCUAAUGCGGCCUGGGCUCUGGGGAGUGUAAUAUUUCUAUGUGUGGUCCUUGGUGGUGUCUUGCUGUACACACGCCCUUGGCAAAACAGAGAUCACUGGUGGAGAGGGGAAGACUAUAAUAGUAACACUAAAUUCAGUCUUAUGAAAACUAGAGGCCAUCGCUGGAAAUCCAGAACGUUUCCAAGCAAAAAGACUUCAGGCUAUACACGUUUGUUAAAUUCCAUACCGGAAGAAUUUGAAGAUGACAUUUAAUGCCGAUGCAUAAACAUAAAUGAAAGUCCGAUAGUUGAUAUGGAGAGUCAGUCAUGCCACACACCAGUGGGACAUUUUUGAAUUACAGUUAAGGGUGUGCUAACAGAAGAUUCCACUCUAUUUCUGUAUAAAAGCCUGGCAGGUACAGGGAAUGCCAAGACGGUUUUUGUUCCAUUUUACAAAAUGUUACAAAACUAGUGAUUCACAGUGAAAGAAAACGGAUAUUUCCAUCGAUUCACAUGCAGUGAGAAGCUAGCAACAAAAGCCAUCUGAUUACUUCCAUACGGCUUCCACACCAAAAGUCUGAGAAAAAUCUUGCGUAUUUUCUAGCCUCAGACCAUUUGCAACAAGGAUUUGCGUAUACAGUGCGAACCACAAUACAUUGGUACCAUCAUCAUGCAGAGACAAUGGCGAUGGAUAGGUCAUGUCAUCAGGAGGGAAAGAGACUCCGUUUCAAAGACGGCACUCCACUGGACACCAGAGGGUAGGCGCAGCGGGGCAGACCCAAAAAUACAUGGCGACGCACUGUUGAGACAGUUCCUCAAGACAGCCAAAAGCUGGCCGAGGACAGACAGCUAUGGAUGUCCUUUGUUGCUGCCCUGUGUGCCAGUGGGCAUGACGGGCAGUGAGUGAGUUAGUGAAUGAGUUGCGUGAACAGAGUGCUCGGACAGUAAUAAAAUAAAAUGCUAAAAACAGCAUGUUACAAAUAGCUACUAAUGCUUGAGUCUCCAAGGUCUACAUCCCAGUCCCCUUAAAAAUAAAUAAAUAAAUUUAUAGAUUAAUUAAUUAAUUACUUAAAUAAAUAAAUAAGGUAUCUUGAAUCUGUACAGCAUGGUUGAAACUCGUAUUUCCAAAAUCAAUAGCACCAAACCCCGUCAAUGGUCGUCAAUUCAUUGUCAGUUUUGUACCUGUCCUUCGUAGCCAAAAUUGAUUAAUCCACAAGUUGCCUUCACAGGAAUUUUACAUUAGUAACGUAAAGAAUGGUUGCACAGGAAUGUACUGAACUCACUGACCAAAGUCACUUGGACACGAGGCAGUUGGUCACGUGAACACGUGGCAAAAACACAACAAGACAAGGACAAUAUUUGCAAUUAGAAAAUAAUCCAAAGCAAAUACGCAAGCUGAUUUGUUUAAAACCGUGUUUCUAUAACUCAGCGAUAGCAACACAGAACUAGUACAAGCUGUUGAUGUAAUUAUGGCGCGAGUAAAGAGAAUUUCCCCUUUUAUGGUCGAAGUAAACAAGUUUUUCCUUUUUUCUGUUACGGUAUUUUCUAAAAGAAAUAGAAAACAUG